AAGCAGCAGCCGACUUGCGUGGGACUCCCCUGGCUCUUGUGCCCGAGACCCUACCACUCCCUCUGCCUGGCAGCCUGUGUUUUGGGCCUCACCGAGACAGUCUGAGUAGGAACAAGCCAUCUCAUCAUUCACAGCCAUGAAUUUCCUCCGGCGACGCCUCUCUGACAGCAGCUUUGUGGCCAACCUGCCGAACGGCUACAUGACAGACCUCCAGCGCCCAGACAGCUCCACCAGCUCCCCUGCAUCCCCAGCCAUGGAGAGGAGGCACCCCCAGCCCCUGGCAGCCUCCUUCUCCUCUCCAGGAUCCAGCCUUUUUAGCUCCUUCUCCAGUGCCAUGAAGCAGACCUCACAGGCCCCCUUGGGGCCGAUGGAGUCUCCAGGUCCCUCCACGCCUGUUGUUCAAAGGCCCAGGAUCCUGCUGGUGAUCGAUGAUGCCCACACAGACUGGGCCAAGUAUUUCCAUGGAAAGAAGGUGAAUGGAGAGAUUGAGAUCCGAGUGGAACAGGCUGAAUUCUCAGAGUUGAAUCUAGCUGCCUAUGUUACUGGGGGCUGUAUGGUGGACAUGCAGGUUGUGAGAAAUGGGACCAAGGUUGUGAGAUCCUUCAAGCCGGACUUCAUCCUUGUCCGCCAGCAUGCCUACAGCAUGGCCCUGGGUGAAGACUACCGCAGCCUGGUCAUCGGCCUCCAGUAUGGAGGGCUGCCUGCCGUCAACUCCCUCUACUCCGUCUACAACUUCUGCAGCAAGCCCUGGGUGUUUUCUCAACUCAUUAAGAUCUUCCAUUCCCUGGGUCCUGAGAAGUUCCCGCUUGUGGAGCAAACGUUUUUCCCCAACCAUAAGCCAAUGCUCACAGCCCCACACUUCCCUGUGGUGGUCAAGCUGGGACACGCCCACGCCGGAAUGGGAAAGAUCAAAGUAGAAAACCAGCAUGACUACCAGGACAUCACCAGCAUGGUGGCUAUGGCCAAAACCUACGCCACCACCGAGGCCUUCAUCGACUCCAAGUACGACAUCCGCAUCCAGAAAAUUGGAUCCAACUACAAAGCUUACAUGAGAACCUCCAUCUCUGGAAACUGGAAGGCCAACACAGGCUCUGCUAUGCUGGAGCAGGUGGCCAUGACAGAGAGGUACAGGCUGUGGGUGGACAGCUGCUCAGAGAUGUUUGGUGGCCUGGACAUCUGCGCCGUCAAGGCUGUCCACAGCAAGGAUGGCAGAGACUACAUCAUUGAGGUGAUGGACAGCUCCAUGCCCCUGAUUGGAGAGCACCUGGAAGAGGACAAACAGCUGAUGGCCGAUCUCGUUGUCUCCAAAAUGAGCCAACUCCCGAUGCCAGGGGGCACAGUGCCCUCGCCCCUGAGGCCUUGGACUCCUCAGACUAAACCAGCAAAACCCCCUGGGCAAGCCCAGCUUGGGCCUCCUCUCGGACAGCCUCAGCCACGGACACCCACACAAGGGGGCCCUCGCCAAGCUCAGUCUCCUCAGCCCCCAAGAUCUGGAAGCCCCUCGCAACAGAGGCUCUCCCCACAAGGCCAGCAACCCCUGAGUCCCUCAUCUGGAUCUCCACAGCAGCAGAGGUCACCAGGCUCUCCACAGCUAUCCCGCACAUCUGGAGGCAGCUCUCCAAACCAGGUCUCCAAGCCAGGCACCACCCUUACCUCACAGCCCCGGCCCCCCAUGCAGAGCCGCAGCACCUCCCAACAGGGUGAAGAGUCCAAGAAACCAGCAGCACCCCACCCCCAUCUCAACAAAUCCCAGUCCCUGACUAACAGCCUCAGCACGUCUGACGCCUCCCAGCGUGGGACCCCAAGUGAAGACGAGGCCAAGGCCGAGACCAUCCGCAACCUGAGGAAGUCUUUCGCCAGCCUGUUCUCUGACUAACCCUGUCCAGGCCGGGAGGGGGGUGCCCCGUUACACUCCCCCCUCUCCUGCCCCAUCCUCCAUCUCAGCCUUGGUUCCUGACGGGAACAGAAUGGAGGGCCUGAGAAUAUACUUUCCAAAUGCCUUUGGUCCAGGAACUGAGUGUCUACAUGUGUUCCCACUUUCCUUUGCCAUGACGUUCCAGCAUUGCCCGACUGAGGGGUGGGCCUUUGAGAGCCUCCAGGUUCCUCAAAACGGGCCUUAAAGACAGGCACCUCGUCAACCUUCCUACCCAGAUGCUUGCUUCCCUGCCUCAGAUAACCACGUGAGAUGUCUGUGUGUGGCUAGUUUUGACAUUUCUUGUUAGUGUUUUGCUUGCCUUUGGGAAGGGCCCCCUCUGAGCCUUGCCCCACCUCCAUCAAAUGCAGACGCUGAAGUCAGACCUCAGCAAUGUAGGAGGCAAUAAACUUUUGACAGUGUUUUGCAAACAAAAGGACAAAAGCGCAGCCAGGGGAACCUACCACCUACCCUUGCAAGUCCCAUCCAAGCUCAAGAGAUGGCCCUGCAGACCAGACAGGCGAAGCCCCAUCACACCCACCACCAGUGGACCUUGAGGACCAUGGAAAGAAUUCAGAGGCUGCGUGGCCCGUGGGGCCUUUCAGAACACAACAGAAACAGAGGGGAGGCUUUACAAUGUCGCUCGUGCCCAGAGUGCUAUCCUAAAUUGGACAGCCAAGAGCAGACCAUGGGUUCUUUUAGGAAUCAUCACUAGUUCCCAGAGGGGGAAUAUGCCCUCCACUUCCCAAGGAAGGAGUUAGGUUAGGGCCUCUCUACCCAUUCCGUGUUACACCACCAUUUGGUCUCUGAAUUCCUACCAGGAAUGUUGUUUUCUCCUCAAGGACAUACAAGGAGCCAGAGACAGCGAGCAGAUGGAUGACACAGGAUCAGAAAGUGCAGUGACAGUAACUUCUAGCUCGGCGUUUUGCAGGCAGUGUACAGCAAGGCACUGGAAGGUUAGUUAUAAAAGGGUUCACCGGUCAAACGUGUUUAGGAAACACUGUUUUUUGUUUGUUUCUCUUCUGAGAUUGAUAGUACGUAUCAAAGGCUCUUGGAAUUCCUGCAGUAAAGAAAUUAGCUUU